CCCCACCAAGAGCCGCUUGCCAUUGUUGGCAUGGCAUGCAAGUAUGCUGGUUCCAUUGAUUCCCCCUCUGAUCUGCACGAGCAGGUCUUAGCCGCUCGUUGCAUGCAGGGCCCAAUGCCUUCAUCUCGCAUGGACGCUGCGUUUUACCACCAUCCGAACUCCGAAGCAACUGGCACCACGUACACGAAAGGUGGAUACUUUCUAGACAGGGAUGUGAAUUCGUUCGAUGCGCCAUUCUUCCAAUUGUCUGAGCUGGAUGUGCUAGCGAUGGAUCCUCAGCAGAAGAUGUUGUUGGAGAAUGUCUAUCACGCACUUGAAAAUGCCGGAAUCCCAUUAAAGGAGGUCGUAUCAUCACAGACAUCUGUAUUUGUCGGAUGCUCGAACAACGAUCACCUCGCAUUGGCCAAUGCCGAUCUGUUGAUGUCCCUCAAGGGCAAAGGGACCGGGACCAGUCCGUCCAUUCUUGCCAACAGACUAAGUUGGUUCUACGACUUUCGAGGGACAAGCCAGACGAUCGAUACUGCGUGCUCGAGUAGUCUGGUCGCAUUUCAUCAGGCAUGUAUGGAUGUCCGGACGGGGAGAUCCCCGAUGUCAAUCGUCAGUGGCGUCAACCUCAUCGAACAUCCUGCCGCAACCCUCUACCUCUCUAACCUCGGCGUUCUCUCUCCCGACGGACGAAGCUGGAGCUUCGACGCCAGAGCAAAUGGAUACGGACGUGGCGAGGGUCUCGGCACCGUCAUCAUCAAGCCACUGCGCGCCGCCCUACGCGACGGGAACCGUAUUCGAGCCGUUAUCCGAGCAUCUGGAUCGAACCAGGACGGCAGAACACCAGGAAUUACCGUUCCCAGCGUGGCUGCGCAAGAACAACUUAUUCGCAGUGUUUACAAAGCCGCGGAUCUUGAUCCCUCGCAGACAGGAUAUGUCGAGGCCCACGGUACAGGAACCCCGGUCGGCGACCCGUUAGAGGUACAAGCCAUUGUGUCGGCCCUGGGUAGCCAAACCCGUGAGACGCCGCUUUAUGUCGGGUCGGUGAAAUCGGUCGUCGGUCAUCUGGAAGGAGGAGCUGGACUGGCAGGCCUCAUAUCUGCUACGCUGGCCGUGGAAUCGAAAACCGUUCCGCCUGUGGCGGGCCUGACGACAUUGAACCCGCGAAUCGUUCAGCGAGAAGAUCUGAAAUUUGCACGGCAAGCAACGCCAUGGCCCAGAGAUGAUAUUCGUCGCGCGUCGAUCAAUUCAUUCGGGUUUGGUGGUACAAAUGCACACGUUGUGCUCGAUGAUGCGGAGGGAUUCCUGAAUCAGUUCCUUGGCUCUCAGUUGGCAGGGACAUUGCAGGUGACAGAUGCCUUGUCGAGUACGAUCUCAAGGCGCCUGUGUGGACCUGGGAAGGAUAUUGUGAAACCUUUCUCCAAUGGCACUGUGAAUGGAAAUGGCAUUAAUGGUGUUUCUCACCCCAGUUGGAUCCCGGAGAAUCGUGUUUUUGUUCUAUCGGCGUUUGAUGAAGCUGGUUUAGAACGAAACGCCACAUCCAUUAUAUCGCAUCUUCAAUCGCUGAAUUUCGAAGGAGACAUGGCAAUGGAAGAAGAUUUCAUGAACGACCUGUGUCACACGCUGAACGAAAAACGCACAAUGUUCGACUGGCGCAGCUACCACGUGGCGGACACUAUCGAGAACCUGCAAAAGUCGCUUCAGAGUGUCCGUCCCAUUCGUCGAUCCGCGGCUCCGAAAACCACCCGGUUCAUAUUUACGGGCCAAGGUGCGAAUUGGGCCGGCAUGGCCCAAGACCUCAUGGUAUACCCGCUAUUCCGACGACGGAUUCAUGAAGCUGCCAUGUUUCUGAGAGGUAUCGGUUGCCAGUGGGAUCUUUACGACCGAAUCACCUCCCAGCACGGUGAUCUCAACGAACCCACCUUUGCGCAAUCCUCCUGUGUCGCCGUGCAGAUUGCCUUGGUGGACCUGCUACAUAGCUGGAAGGUGACUCCGUCCACAGUAGUGGGACACUCGUCCGGCGAAAUUGCAGCAGCGUACUGUGCCGGAAAGAUCUCACGUCAAGCAGCAUGGAAGGUUGCUUACUGUCGAGGUCAGGUAUGCGCAAAGCAGACACAUGAAGAUGGCCGUAUGCUUGCUGCAGCUAUGCCUGCACAAGAACUAGAAAGACUUAUCGCCAGGGUAAACAAAGGUCUAUCUGAUGGAGUCCAGGUCGGCUGCUACAACAGCCCCAAGAACCUGACUCUGACAGGCAGACACGAGCACAUUCUACGUGUCAAGGGCGAAUUAGACGAAGCGGGUGUGCUGAAUCGUUUGCUUCCCGUCAAGGUCGCGUAUCACUCGAUCUUUAUGCGAGAAGUUGCGCCAGAGUACCUAGAGAUUCUUGGGGAUCUGGAAUUUGGUGACAAGAUCAACCACGAUUCGGGCAUUACUAUGAUAUCCUCGGUUACUGGUCGACCUUCUCUCGAGGGAGAGGUUGAGAGCCCUUCAUAUUGGGUGGACAAUUUGGUUUCACCUGUCCGUUUCUCGAAUGCGAUUCUCGCCUCUAUGAAAACCCCGGAUACAGCCGGCUCUGCAGAGGAUGCACUUAUCGAGAUCGGACCGCACUCUACCCUCCGAAGCGCCAUCAACGAGACACUUUCAGAACAUAGUGAGCUGCAGUCCUACCAGUACGGUAGUAUACUCAAGCGAUAUGAGACAAACGGAGCCACAAUUCUCCAGACCUUUGGCGUGCUGGCUUGUCAGGGCCACGAGAUCAACCUGGUUGCCGUGAAUGAUCGCCGAAUAGGACGGAAGAGAACCGCGAAAAUCCUUCGGGAUUUGCCCCCUUACGCAUUUGACCACUCUCGGUCUGUCCGUGGUCAGACACGGAAAAUCGAACACAUCAAGUUCCCAGCGUACAAACGUCACGAGCUUCUUGGUGUGCCGGUCGAAGACACAAACACAUUCGAACAGCGAUGGAGGAACAUUCUGAGACCUGAUGAUAUCACAUGGCUGCGCAUGAAUAGGAUGUCAGGGAACAUCCAUUUUCCCGGAGUUGCCUAUCUCUUGAUGGCAAUGGAAGCUGUCCUUCAGCGCGCUGGAGAAUUCGACUCUGUUACUGGGGUCAGGUUAGGCAACGUGUCUAUGUUGGCUCCGCUGCCUGUUCCAGACACGCCGGAAGGUGUCGAAAUCAUCUCCUCGAUCUACCCAAUGGACGCGUCAGCCAGGGGCGCAGACGACUGGUGCACCUUCAGAAUUAUCUCGCAUGAUGCUGCUGAAAGAUCAUGGAUCGAGCAUUGUGUUGGAUCAGUCCGUAUAGAGACCGCUUCGCAGAAAGCUUCUACCCAUCUCUUGAACGAUGGAUUCUUGUCAACCUGCCUCGAAACUGUCGAUGUCGACCAAAUGUAUCGGGGCUUUGCCUCUGCAGGUAUGGAUUUUGGAGAAUUCUUGAGGAACAUUCAAGGCAUGAAGCUUUCCGCAGACCAUAAAGCCUGCACAGCAACAAUUGCGACCCCAGAUAUCCCGAAGACAGCUCAUGAUGGAUAUGCUAUUCAUCCCUGCACGUUCGAGAGCAUCCUGCACGCCCUACUACAUCUUUGCAAAGCCACGGGUAGUCCCAUGGUAACAAACUACAUCGAAGAGGUCUUUAUUUCUUCUCCAUCUCCCAAAAGCCACCCUGAGUUUCAGGUUUCAGCUCAAACGGAGAGGACCUCUUCCACAACCUGGAAGUCUGACGUGAUGAUCACUGCUGAGCAUGGGGGACCGGAGAUCGCUAUCAAGGGUCUGGAUUUAGUCCAACUUCCGCCGACAGAGACCGACUCGUCAGAGGCCGAAUCGUUCUACGUGGUGAAAUGGAAGCCGGAUGUUCAUCUUGCCACUUCAGCUAAGUCUCUACGGGACUCCGCUCCGGUUGAGGUAAACCAACGUCUUCCGAGCUUCGAUGAUCACGAGGGGUUCCAACUUGCUUCAGCCAUUUUCCUCCUUGACACAAUGGACUACAUCGAACAGGAAGGACUUCCAUCUCUCCCGGCCCAUCACAAAGCUUUCAUGAAGUGGAUGCAGCAGGAAUGUGAAUUGAUCAACGAAUCAUCAUCCCCGUUGGUUGACAAAGCCUUGAUGAACGGGAUUCGCGAGAGUCCAUCUCGACGCAAGCAGUUGUUCGACCAAGUGGCCAACCAAAGCGCGCGAGGCGAACUCCUAGUCCGGGUUGGCUUGCAAAUGAUACCCAUUCUGGAGCAAAAGGUCGACUGCCUGGAUAUCAUGUUUGGAGAGGAUGACCUCAUGGAUCGAACGUACGAGGAAGGUCUUCCUGGUGACAUCGCUUCUGCGGUCGCAGGCUACGUGCAUUGCCUUGCUCAUAGCCGUACGGACCUCAAGAUCCUUGAGGUCGGUGCCGGUACCGGCAGCGCGACGAAGGUGAUUCUGGACAGCCUAAUGCCCACGGCUAGACUGGACGGAGGAGGUCUUGUGUCGUCUGUCUCGACGUAUCACUUUACGGAUAUAUCGGCGGCGUUUUUUGAGAAUGCAACCAAGCGGUUUCCGGACUGGGCGGGCAUUUUGCGUCCACAGGUAUUGAACAUUGAGAAAGAUCCCGCUGACCAGGGCUUCGAGCUUGGAUCUUAUGAUCUAGUGAUUGCCACACAUGUUCUUCAUGCAACGGCCGACCUUAAUGUCUGUUUGAGCAAUGUUAAAAGCCUGCUGAAAGAUGGCGGUGAUCUCAUUGUGAUCGAAAAUAUCAAACCCGAACUGAUGUGCUCGCCUCUCGGGUUUGGUUUGCUCCCAGGAUGGUGGCGUAGCGUGGAGCCCUAUCGGCAGUUGAAUCCUUUGAUUGACGAAGAUCAAUGGCAAGAGGAGUUGCACAAUGCAGGUCUUCAUCCCCGGCUACUGAUCAAAGACACGGACGACCAGGUCAAUGAAAUGUCUGCCUUCGUGGCAGCGAAAGUACCAUCAGCCCCUUCUACGAAACGUCUCUUCAGCAUAAUCUACUCGUCUACCUAUCCGGGACAAUAUGAUCUAGCUCGCAAGAUCGCGGAACAGAUGACUUCGAAAACAUGCACUGCAGUUCCAGUAGACCUGGUCGAUGUUUCGCCUGAUCACACCAACUCAAUUGGAAUUGUUCUACUCGGCUACCGAGGUUUAGACCUCUCUGCGCUGUCGAGCUCUGAGUUCGACGAAAUUCAAUAUAUCCUAGGCGCUUUCACCAACCUGUUGUGGGUUACCUGCGACUUGGACGAGACACCAAAGUCUGCUAUGUCCACAGGCCUUGUUCGCACAGCGCGCUGGGAGAGGGAUCAUGACGGCAUUAAUUUUCUCAUGCUCGAAAUCAAGCAACAAACGACUGAGUGGCAGGACAUUCUCUUGAGUAUCACUCGUGUGUGCGACCGUGCGUUCACCUCUGAGGCGCUUGUGCCUCGCAACGCAGAGUAUCGCCUACAAGAUGGCAUUAUCCUCACCAACCGCUUGUUCCCAGCCUCGGGAAUCAACGAGUGUAUCAAUUCGGGGUCGAAAUCACGGUCUAAGCUAGUCGAUCUGGAACACGUCACACACCCCGUCAAGCUGACAUCCAUUGGCUCUCAUCAACCGAACGGCUUUCACUUUGUUGAGAAUGAAGACCAUCAACAGCCUUUGCAUCCGCAUGAGGUUCUAAUUGAAGUGCACGCUGUAGGUCUCGACGAGCAUGACGCUGACCGAUUCACCCGCUCGAUCCCAGGGGAGACCCUUGGCUCGCAGGGAGCGGGCGUCGUUGUCAGCCUUGGGGACGCUGUACAAGAUCUUCAAGUUGGCGAUGCUGUCAUGGCGCUGCGCACUUCGGAUGGCACCUUUCAAUCAUUCUUCCGCGCCCAUUCUGCUGCUGUUGUCAAAAUGCCAACCAGCAUAAGCUUCACUAAGGCCGCUGCACUUCCAGUCGCAUUUUCGACAGCAUAUCACGGCCUAGUCAAUGUCGCUAGAGUGCAGAGUGAAGACAAAGUGCUCAUUCACCACGCGGCUGGAAGCAUCGGACACGCUGCCGUGCAAGUCGCUCGAUCCCUUGAUGCUACUAUUUACUGCACGGUGUCAAACGAUUCUCAACGACAAAUUUUACUUGAAACAGGCAUUCCUCCAAACCACGUGCUCGACGCAAAUUCUUGGACAACGGAGCUUUCUAACAUCGCCAAAGGUGAUGUGGAUGUCAUUCUCAAUCUGAGUUCCCGGGGUAUCGAAAGCAAAGAUCUGGCUUGUCUCUCUUCUUUCGGACAUCUAAUUGACCUUCACGGGCAAGGUGUUCUCGGACCUGUGGCCGCUUCCACUACAAACAGGACCUACUCCAGCGUUGAUAUUCGGUCUCUGGCCCUUCAAAAGCCGAGAGCAGUUCAAGACACACUCCGCAAUAUAUCACGACUCUUGGCCGAGCAGAAUAUUCGGCCUAUCUCACCAACAGUUCUCGGAUUUUCAGGGCUCCCAAAUGCCUUGGCAGAAAUCCGUCAAGGUUCCCUCGGCCCUUGGGCUUUUGAGCCACGGCCUAUGGAUACCAUACCUAUUGCGAUUAAACCACUAGGAUAUCACACAUUUGACUCGAAUGCAUCAUACGUCCUUGUCGGCGGUUUCGGAGGUAUAGGCCGGAGCGUCACUCGAUGGAUGGUAACUCGUGGCGCGAGAAACUUCAUUUUCGUCUCACGGUCAGGCGCCAGCAGUCCUGCUGCUCAGGAGCUAUACAUGGAACUACUGGCUUCAGGCUGCAGCGUAUCGGACCUGGUGUGCGAUGUGACCAACAAAGAAGCAGUGGCGCAGGCGAUCAACAGCUGUCAGGCAGAAAUGCCUCCGAUUAAAGGAUGUAUGCAAUGCUCCAUGGUCCUCGAGGACUCCAUGCUCAGCAACAUGUCCCACACACAGUUCCUCUCCGCCAUCACCCCCAAAGUCCAAGGAACAAUCAACAUCGCCUCUGCGCUCUCCAGCUCCCCCCUUGACUUCCUCAUCCUCCUCUCCUCAUCCGCCGGAAUCAUCGGCAACCGCGGUCAGGCCAACUACUCCGCCGCCAACGCCUUCCUGGACGCUUUCGCCGCCUCUCUCGUCCAAAAGGGAUACCCCGCUACCUCCAUCAGUCUCGGCAGCGUUCUCUCCGUCGGCUGGGUCGCCGAGAACCAAGACCGCCUGCCCAUCGCACUCUCCUACGGCGCCAUCUCCGAAUCCCUCCUCCUCUCCAUCCUCGAAUACCAUAUGGAUCCGCGGUGGUGCGCCGCCCAAAGCCCGGACACAUGCCAUACCGUUGCGGGCGUCCGCUCGGCGAAGGACUUCCAUCGCAUGUCCAUCCCGUUGCCCGGGUUCAUGGCGUAUCCGCUGUUCUCGCCGCUGCGCGCAAUCGCCAGUUCCUCUGGGGCCGGGAAAGAAGAGGCAGAGGUGCCAGUGAUGCAGGCGCUUAGGGCUGUACGCUCGGUCCCUGCCGCGGUGGAGGUUGUUACGAAGGCUAUUGUGAUGAAGUUGGCUCGUGUCAUGGCGAUCUCGGCGAAGGAGAUCGAUCCGGCGAGGACGUUGGCGUCGUAUGGUGUUGAUUCGUUGGUCACGGUUGAUUUGAAAGCGUGGUUUAAGAGAGAUGUUGGGGUGAAUGUUGCGUCGGGGGAUCUGUUGGGUGAUGUUUCGAUGCAAGGGUUGGCGGAGAAGAUGGCUGGGUCGAGUGAGUUUCUG